CUCUACUGGUUUUAGUUUUUUUUUUUACCUUCAAGGAACCGUUUCCUUAUUUAGAUUUGGUUUUGCAAAAAAAUCUACCUCUUUUGACAAACCGACGGAGACCGUCAAAUAAGUGCUAACUAAUCUAGUGUGUGUGUGUGUGUGUUUAUUUAGUGAUAAAAAGUUUCUAAUUUAACCAAUAUAAUCAAAAGGUCCAGUCUUAUUUGGACUAGUUAACCUAUUAAGACAGUGUUCCACUGUUAAGCUUAGUGGCAGAAAAUAUAAUUUUCUCGGAAAAUAAAAUAUCAAAUAAUUAACAAAAAUUCAUCUCCAAAUGUGUAUUUUAUCAUUUACUUUUAAACAGUUUAAAUAAUAUGAAUUUUAUAUAAAUUAAAAAUAUUUAAAAUUUAACACAUAAAACGUAAACAAACUCAACUUACAAAUAAAUAGAAAUUCUAAAAUAAUACUCAAAUUAAGUUGAAUAAAAAAGUAAAAAAAAAUCCAGUCAACAUAAUGCAGCUACUGACUAUUGAAGUAACAAUGUGAUGGCACGAACUGUAAGGAAAUUGAAACGUGCUAAACCAAAAGAGUUAAACACCAAACAGUUACCGUCAAUAAUCAUAACGCCACCGGAAUUAGACAUGAAAUUCAAGACAAACAAUAGAGAAAACAAUGAAACAACAGUAGACACGGCGACCAAUGAACCAUCAACAUCAACAAUGGAUUUCAACGUGAAUGAACUGAUAGCUCAACUGUCAGAAAAUUCGAAAGCAUCUAAAGGUGAAAUCGAGAAUAUUCAAAGGAAGUUGUUGCACCAAGCGAAUCAGAUAUUAAAAGUUAACGCAUUCGUCAAUCAACCGAUUGUAGAGCCUCGUGUGAUCGGUGCAAUGCAGAAGUAUAACGGUUCUAAUUGUACUACUAAUAUAUACGGGAGACCUAUGAUUGGGAAUGCUAAUAAAGAGAUACAAAUGGUGCCGGAGAAGUUACAAGAAAACGUCGUUGAGGUAAACAAGGAGUGGACGCGAAGGGUCAAUUCGUCCGCUGAGGCGGGAAGAGGUUUUUUCUACGAAACAAGUUCCGAAGCUCGAUCGGUUGGCAGUACGCACGGCGCGAUCGCAACAGGCACAGUCUCGUCGGUGCCGCCGUACAGGAUGCCGCCGGCGCCCGAGGCGGCGCUGCCGGGAGCGCCCGCGCCCUCCACGCCGGCGCCGCUCCACACGCACUCCGCCAAGUUCCCCAUAGAACGCGAAGUGAUUCUGUCGACGGGCGACAAGAGCUCCAAGGUGCCGAUCCUGCAGGAGGCUCGCAAGCGCGGCCGCCUGGGCGCAGUCGCCCCCGACACGCCGCCCAAGGCUUUGUCUGCGUGGACACAUGCUGAGAACCAGCAAGCCGGUCCGUCUGCCGACUUCAGACAGUACGAACAAUACGGGUACGCGAUGCACCAAAACCAAACAAUACCAAACCAAGGGGCAGUCGCGAGAAACAUACAGAACUACGACUCACCAAAACCUCCCAUACCAGCCAAAAAUACCUACAAACCUGAACCAAACCACAUCACAGUCACCGUUGAAACCGGAAAAGACAACACUAGAGAUGCACCGAAAAGUAACAACUCAGUUAGCAAAACUUACAACACGUUAAAGGAUAUGAUAUCAAGCAGGUUCAAAAACAAGGAUGGUACCGAUAGCGAAAAGAACGAGGAAGCAAGGUUAAACAAUACAGAAGAGAGAAAGAGGCCGGAAUCAGAACAAGCGACGCCGAGAGAAAUGCCGAGGAAAGAACAAGGGAUCUAUGGGAGGCCGAUGCCUCAAAGUCGACCAGAAAUGCAAUAUAGUCAUGGUAUGGCAAAUAAUAUGGCGUAUCCUAGUCCGUCCCCUCACAGACAGUUAAUGCACCAGCAGCAACAAAUAGUCCAACAACAGAUGCUAUUGAAUCAGCAGGCGAGAUCCCAGGAGAUGUUGGCGUCGCCACACCGGCCGCAAGCCCUAGGCGCUGACGCCCUGUAUCAGCAGUACGGACCACCGGGCAGACGGAGUGCAGUGUACCAACGAGAUAUGGACGUCCGGUCCAUGGCAAACUUUACGUCUUUAAAGACGAGUCCUCAACAACAGUUCGACAACUCACAUUCAAGACUAGACCUCCGAAGUCCUCAACAACUAGAAAGGGAGAUAGUUCGACACAGAGGUCUCAUAGAAGGUAGAAGAGCAGCUUCUCACCCUCAUUUGCUAGACGAGCCACAGCCUCGCCCAGAAAUUACUACUCCACAAAUACACGAUAGAUCUAGAAGGAAUAGUCACGGUAAUUUAUUAGAUAGUGUCCCAAAUGAAAACGGUCCUCCGAGAAAUAAUGAGGAAAGAGAAUCGGAUGACGGAGGAUUUAGAAUGAGGUUAGCAGCUCAGGGAAGAUCAAGUUUCGAGGAAAGAAUUCGAACAAGUGGACGAUCGAUAGAAUCUAGACAAGACAGAGGACAUGAAAUGUAUAGAAGAACACCCGACAGUCAUAGAGAGUCUCGAAGAACUCCUGACUCCAUAGGCAAAAGGCAAAAAGAAGUACCAUCAACAUCUGUGGAUAUUGUAGAAAGAAAUGAUGAAAGUGCAAGUCAAAAGUCAGCAGAUAGUGUAUAUAAUUCGAGCGGCAAAGCUGAAACGUUCAUCCCACAACCGUCGUCUUCGAGACAAACGCCAAACAGGAUAGAGGAUUUAAAAGCGCACGGCAAAAAAGGUGCGAGUUGUUCUGGUACUAGUUCAGAUUACGAUAAAAAUGGCGGUCAAUCUUCAAACGUGGACUCAGGCCGAGGCAGCGUGGCGUACUCCAGCGGCCGGCGCCCCGACGCCAGUCUCCACGACACGUCCGCUGACUCAGACGCUGUCGGCUCCCGGGUACAGCCGCAACCUGGAACUAGUCAGCAAAAUCCUGGCACCGCCGGCGAGAACGAGUGGGCAGACCUGGUGGAGUGCGAGUUGCGUCAGAUCCUGGAGCCGAAGCUCUCCAGCAUGAGGCUCGACAGCUCUGGCAGCUCGGACGGCUCGGUGACCCCACCGCUGCCGCCUCUGUCGCCUUCAUCGGAUCUGCAUAAACGAAAUAGUUUACCAGGCCGGUCGGUGGAGUACCCCGAGGAGCGGCGGCGCGGGCGAGAGUCUCCGCGCUGGCACGCGCACUCCCACUCGCACAAGAAGCACUCCUCCAAGCGAGACCAUCAUUACAAGAAACAUUUGUUCGGCCUAGACACAACAGACAUGACGUCCACCACCACGCGCAGUCUGGACCUGUCCUCGCUGCUGGACGGACGCACCGACAGCGACGCGUCCACCGGCGACGCGCGCGCCAUCCGCCGCCAACUGCGCGGACUGGAGAACAUGUACGCGGAAGUGUUACAGCUGUUGGGAGUACGGAAGCCGGCUAACUUGGCCAAACAUCCCACUUGGGAAGCUAGACUGACAUCAAAACGGCGCUACGGCAGCAUGUCGUCCCUGCCCUCCAGCUCUGUGAGCAGUCGGCCGGUGCGUGACAAGAGGAGGAGCUCCAACGAGCACAGGAAGAAACAUGAUCUCAAGGGUAUAAACAAGCGGUUCCAGCGGUUGGAGUCGCACGUGGUGACGCUGGCGCGCUCGGUGGCGCACCUGUCGAGCGAGAUGCGCACGCACCACCUCGUCAUGCAGGAGAUGGACAACAUCCGCGCAGAGAUCGCCGCGCUUCGGCACAUGUACAAAUCCCAGCAGUACAUCAGGUCGGGGCAACAGAAACACCUCGACCCCUACUCAUUCAGCAACCCCGACCGCGUCAAGCGACUCACCAAGUUCUUCGGAGACGAGCCGCCUCUCAUGAGACUGUUCUUGAAAAAGCUUGGAUAUGAGAAAUACGCUGCACUUUUAGAAAAGGAGAAGGUGGGAGCGGCAGAACUGCCCUACGUUGGCGAAGACAAGCUGCGUGCCCUGGGCGUGCCCUUGGGGCCCAGGAUGAGGAUACUGAAGGAGGCUGGCAUCCACCAGGACCUGCACCACUUGUCCAGGGACGAUCACAACACCACCACUACCACUUUAGCUAUUGUAUGACGAUAAAUGGAAAACUUCCGUCAACUGUACUUUUACGAAUUAUGAAGUUCUAUGGCCACAUCUCCAGAAAUGAGGCAUCGAUUGGGUGUUUAGUAAUGCAGGUGGAAGAAAAAUAGUCCAACUAGAUCACUCCUACUCGAUGGACGGACCAAUUGAAGGCGACAAUGACCACUCUUCCAAGAGUGCAUAUACUUUAGGACAUUGACCUUUCUUAUUAAAUAACUUUUUCAACCCGUGUGCUGGUCGCGGGAAGAUGGUAAUUUUUCGAGAGUAUGUAUACGUGAAUGUAUCAUUCUUUCACAUGCAGUAUUCCAGUGUAACGUGGCAUAUUUGAAUUUAACAACUGCGAUACAAAUUUUGUAGUCUUAGCAGACAAAUGGCAAUAAUUUCCCAGAUUUCUUUUUACACAUUGUAUCUUCUUUUUAAUUAAUUUAUUUUUUUAUUUUUAUCACAUCUCAUCAGUGUUCCACUUUAAUACUGAUGGAAAAUUCCUUCUCCAAUACAGGUUCAUCUGUCCUUAGGGUAAACAUUGCAUUUUUGCAUCUGUACUGCACUGUCUGCACGUCACUGGUUAGUGUAGACCUACUUGCUAGACAUACUAACUAGGUAACCUAUUUACAAUGUUUCAAUAUAAAUGAAAAUAUUAUGUAUCAUGUAUUUCUUAUCCCUAAUAAAUAACAGAUGAGGGUAUAUGUUUCUUAUGCCGGAUCUAGUACUAUAGGUAUUUUUUUUGGAUGUAUUUUGCUCCCACACAUUCUCAUUAACAUUGUAAUAAUGUAUAAUUAAUUGACAAUAUCUAUCAUUUAGCCUUCUACACUUACGUUCUUACCUAUACAAAAUAGGUUAAUUAACUAAUAAUUACCUAAUUCAAAUGUAAAUAUUUAUUUCAAAUGCUCAUUUAAAUACUUAUUUUAAUAAUAAAUAGAUAUAACUUGUUUUGAUUAAAUUUUUAUGUAGGUAGGUACAAUAAUUGGGUAGCUCAAAUACCCUGUUACAAAAAAUAUAAAAUAUGGAACGCUAGAUUUUUUAGUUUUAGAGGAAAAUUAUUAAGAAAAGACAUUCCAAGUUUCUAAUUCAUGUACCUACUUAUGUAGUUAGUAAACAUUUUUUAAUUACUAAGUUACUUGUGUCUCAAUUAAUUUUGUUAUUAUUCUUAACAAAUGUAUGCCAAAGAAUAUAACAAUCGGCAUGUAUUUAUUAUCAUUAUGUAAAUAAUACUCACUGUAAAUAUUAUUAAUAAUUCGGAACAUCGAAAUGACAACGAAACUACAAUUAAGUUAAAUUUUGUACCUAAUGAUUAAACUUAAUGCCGGCA